AAAAAGAAAUUAGAAACAGAGAUGAAAUCGUUAACUGACAAAAUCUAGGGUUUGGAAACUAAAUUCAUGAAAAGUUUUCCCUCAAAAUAAAUUCCCUCCUUCUGAAAAAUCUCAAAACCAAAUUUUCCCUCCAUUUUCAAAAACCCUAAAAUAUUCAUUUCCCUCUUUUUAUUCAUUUCCCCUCCAAUUAUUUUGCCAUGGAAAUUUCCCAAACUUAUUUUCUUUAAAUUUAUACAAAUCUCGAUUCUUCUCUUCUUCUUCUCAAUCUUCAAUUUAUACAAAUCUCGAUUCUUCUCUUCUUCUCAAUCUUCAAUGGAAAGUGAUCAAGUUCUCCCUGAUCAAGUUCUUCUAGAUCUAGUUUCAUCUCCACCAGAAGAAAAACCCCUAGAUAUUUUUGAAGAUCUUCCAGUUCCGGAACAGAAAUCUACAUCUCCUUUGUCUUCUUCUCCACCUUUAUAUGGAGUUUCCUUUUGCGACAUGGCUCUGGAAGAGAACAAACAAAGAGAAGUACAACUUGUUGAAGCUGAAGUUCAGGAAGAAAUGGAAGAAGAAGAAAACGAAAACGAAGAACUAGCCGGAGAAGAAGAAAUCCUACGAGGAUCUGCAUCUUCUGAUGAUGAACCCAUACCCUUAGACUGUGAUACAAGUUGCUAUUCUACUCAACCAAUAACUUCUUUUUAUAAGAGGAAGCAUUCAAAUACUUACCAGAGAGAUUCUAAUUAUGAAGAACCCUUAACUUCUUCGUCUAAGGUUUCAAAAUAUGACCCUUUUCAAUUUUAUUAUUCUAGGGUUUCUAAUGAAGUCUUCAGUCCAAUCGGUGCUGGAUUAUGGAAUUUGGGGAAUACUUGUUUUCUCAAUUCAGUUCUUCAGUGUUUUACUCAUACAGUACCACUUCUACAGAAUCUUGUUACACUUGAUCACCCGUCCAAGUGUCGUCGUAAUCCCGAAGACUUCUGUGUGAUUUGUGCCCUACAUGUGCAAAUUUGUAAUUCUUUGCAAUCUGGUGGAAGAGCUAUUUCGCCAAAUAACUUUGUCAAUAAUUUAGGAAAUAUAUCUUCUUUAUUCCAUAGAUAUCAGCAGGAAGAUGCCCAUGAGUUCCUUCAGUGCUUGCUGGAUAAAAUUGAUACGAGCUGUUGCGAGAUGGAUAUGCAAGUUAGCAGCGCCUUGCCACAAAAGAGCAGUUUUGUAAAGAGUAUCUUUGGUGGGCGCCUUAAAAGCCAGCUUAAAUGUUGUAAUUGUGAUCAUUGUUCAAUCACUUUGGAACCAAUAAUUGAUCUGAGCUUAGAAAUUAAAGACGUGGAUACCCUUGUAGAUGCGUUAAAAUCAUUCACCCAAAUAGAAAAGAUGGAAGAUUCAGAUUCUAAGUUCAUAUGUGAUAACUGCAAAAAAGAAGUCGUUUUAGAGAAACAAUUUACAUUAGACCAAGCUCCGUCCGUGGCAACAUUUCACCUAAAGAGAUUUAAAAAUGAUGGACAUCAUGUAGAGAAGAUAGAUAAGGAUAUCAAGUACCCUCUAGAGCUUGACUUGCAGCCGUUCACUGGCCGAAGUGAGAAUUUGGAUCAGGGUAAAUUAAAUUAUGAACUGUAUGCGGUUAUUGUUCACUCUGGGGUUUCCUACUCGUCUGGCCAUUAUUUCUGCUACAUCCGUUCAUCUCCAGGAACCUGGUUUUUGAUGGAUGAUUCUAGGGUUGUAAUUGUCCGUGAGCAGGAUGUUCUUUCUCAGGAGGCCUACAUUUUGUUCUAUGCUAAACAGAGCACUCCAUGUUUUUCAAGCUUCUACUCGGAGAUGUGUAACAAAAAUAGCAUCAGUACUUCCCCAAAUUCUGUGUUAGAUGAUUUGGAGGCUAUCCAGAAUCCAUCUCCUGGGGAAAGUAGUUUCUCAGUUGACAUUGGAGGAAGGGAAUAUAAGGAGAUAGCUGUUCCGACUUGUGUUGACACCGAUAUCAACGUAACCAGAGCAAAUACCAAAGGAAUCUCUAUUCCAUCUUCUGGAGCAAGCAAUACCUCGGGUGAUGAUAGCGAAUUAAUCACUGCUCCAGCUUCUGGUAAAAUUAAUGUUAUUCUCGGGGAUGCUGAAACAGGAGCAAGUCCUGCAAGAAUCUCUGUUCCAUCUUCUGGAGCAAGUGAUCUCAUUGGUGAUGUGGCUAGGAAGGGAGAUGAAGGAACAAUCUCUGCUAGAAUUUCUCUAGGUAACGGCAGCUUCGAACCUGAUAACGUUCCUCUGAAAACCCCACCACCCAGAUCUCUUGACCUCCUAGAUGUGUUUUCAGAUGAACCACUUUCAGAUGCAGAUAUUAGUUACUCAAUUUCCCGUGAUCAUCAAAAGGUUUCUAAGGUUCAGGCACCUUGUAGAAAAUCAAUAUCCAAGAAGGAUGCAGAGGAAACGAAGAAAAGGUCCGAGGCCAUGAGGUUGACGAAGGGCAUGCCUGGAUCACGUGGGGCAAGAUUUAGGCAGUUGUUAUCUGCUAAUUCUGAUAUUGCCGAUAGAUCAUGUUCGAAGCGGAAGAAAAAUAGAUUAGGGCUUCCAUGUGAAGUGGGCAGUACUGAAAUAGCUACUCGAAGGAGGCUUAUACAUUAAUUGCUGGUGAACUGCUUGCAUAGAGUUGUCUACUGACAGUGCUUAUAAUAUGGAAGUUCCAUUGACGUCUAUGGUAUUUUGAUAUUUCAAUGUUUUCUACUAUGUAUAUGAUCUGAAUUGCUUCUGUAAAUGCUUGCAUUAAUCAUCUUUUUUGCUCGGUAGAUGUCGGAUAUCAGUACGUGUGAUGAAGGUGUUUAUUUGUUUUUCUAAAUGCUGAGCUUCUUUUUCCGUUUUUCAAUGAAAUUUCAUUUGAAAA